GGCGGUGCGUGGCAGGCGGGGGCCGCGGGCGCCGCCAGCCCUCGCAGCCGCGGCUCAUGGCCCACUCGCAGCACAGCCACAGGCACUGGCGCCAGCGCCGGCGCUGCCGGCGACGACGGGUCGGCGCCCGGCGGCGCCAGCGGCAGCGGGCCGCUGCUGGUCGUUGCAGGCGGCGCGGUGGUUGCCCGCGCGGGGGGCGUGCGGGGCUGGGAGGAUGCGGAGGGGGGCCACUCGUCCACUCAGGUGGUGGUGUUGCCCCGGGAGCCCCGCGCCGCGGCCGCAUCCGCACAAGCGCCCGCGGGCGGCGCGCCGGCGGCCGGGCGGCUGAUCGUAGCUGCAGGCAGCAGCGGCGACGACGAACAGCCUGGCGGCGGCGGAGAUGGCGCCGGGGGCGGCGGCGGCUGCGCGGAUGAGAUGUUCAUUGGGGUGGGGGCGUUCAAGGUGGAGAGGACGAGCUCACUGGCUACCCUCGAGCGCGCCGCCGCGUCCCUAGGCCGCUCCCCUGGCCUGCGGCGCGCGGGCUCGCUGCCCGGCCCGCCCCGCGCGGGGCCGCUCGCGUCGGCGCCGCCGCGGGCGGGGUCGGCCGGCGGCGCGGCGGCGAUGCUGCCGCGGGGCGGAUCUCUUGCCAGCAUGCGGCGCUCGGGCUCCCUAAGCGCCUCCUU